UGCCCCAUCGUUGGUGUCAGUGGGAGGAGUAGUGCCCCAUCGUUGGUGUCAGUGGGAGGAGUAGUGCCCCAUCAUUGGUGUCAGUGGGGGAGUAGUGCCCCAUCAUUGGUGUCAGUGGGGGGAGUAGUGCCCCAUCAUUGGUGUCCAGUGGGGGGGAGUAGUGCCCCAUCAUUGGUGUCAGUAGGGGGGAGUAGUGCCCCAUCAUUGGUGUCAGUGGGGGGAGUAGUGCCCCAUCAUUGGUGUCAGUGGGGGGAGUAGUGCCCCAUCAUUGGUGUCAGUGGGGGGAUAGUGCCCCAUCAUUGGUGUCAGUGGAGGGGGGAGUAGUGCCCCAUCAUUGGUGUCAGUGGGGGGAGUAGUGCCCCAUCAUUGGUGUCAGUGGGGGGAUUAGUGCCCCAUCAUUGGUGUCAGUGGGGGGAGUAG